CUCUCGGGAGCGCGGCGGGCGCGCGGCACGCGGGCGGCGCGCGGUCCCGCGGGGGGCUCGGCCGGGGCGCGCCGCGACACGUGCUCGGUGCCGGCGACAGCCAUGGCGCAGCUCACGGCGCGGUUCCGCACCGAGAACCGCAGGUUCGCCGUGGAGGAUGUGCCCUUCUCGGUGCCCGCGACCUCCGAGACCACCGACCUCAGCCAUCUCAUCAACAAGCUGCUGGCCGCAGCGCACGAGGAUCACAAGUAUGUGGAAUUUGACUUCCUCAUCAAUGGCCAGUUCUUGCGGUUGCCGCUGGUCACACACAUGGAAAUGGAAAACAUUUCCACAGAAGAAGUGGUGGAAAUAGAGUAUGUGGAGAAAUACAUGGCCCCUCAGCCAGAAGAAUGCAUCUUCCACGAUGACUGGAUCAGUUCUGUUCAAGCCACUGAAGAAUGGAUAUUAACUGGCUGCUACGACCAGACUGCUCGGAUCUGGUCUGUGGAGGGAAAAUCCAUCACCACAAUAGCUGGGCACACAGAAGUAGUGAAGGAUGUGGCGUGGGUGAAGCAAGAUAGUUUAUCAUGCCUGUUACUCAGUGCUUCCAUGGACCAAACUAUCCUGCUCUGGGAGUGGAACAUGGAGAAAAACAAAGUGAAAGCCCUUCACUGCUGCAGGGGACACGCUGGCAGUGUCGAGUCCGUGGCUGUUGAUUGCACAAGAACCAAAUUCUGCAGUGGAUCCUGGGAUAAGAUGUUAAAGAUCUGGUCUGCAGUACCUACAGAUGAAGAGGAUGAAAUGGAAGAAGCAGCUAACAGACCACGGAAAAAGCAGAAAACUGAACAGCUUGGACUAACAAGGACUCCCCUGGCAACCCUGUCUGGCCACAUAGAAGCCAUCUCCUCUGUGCUGUGGACAGAUGCUGAAGAAAUUUGCAGCGCAUCAUGGGACCACACCAUUAAACUCUGGGAUGCUGAGACUGGAGAUCUCAAAUCCACUUUGACAGGAAACAAAGUGUUUAACUCUGUCUCCUACUCCCCCCUGUGUCGCCGCCUUGCAUCAGGGAGCACCGACAGACAUAUCAGGCUGUGGGAUCCUCGCAGCAAAGAUGGCUCCUUGGUUCUCCUGUCCCUGACUUCUCACACAGGCUGGGUGACAUCUGUGAAGUGGUCACCUACCCACGAGCACCAGCUGAUCUCUGGUUCUUUGGACAACAUUGUGAAGCUUUGGGACACAAGGAGUUGCAAAGCUCCUCUGUAUGACUUGGCUGCUCAUGAAGACAAGGUUUUGUGCGUGGACUGGGCAGAAGCGGGGUUGUUACUGAGUGGAGGAGCAGACAACAAACUGUAUUGCUACAGAUACCCAGCUACAGCCUCUGAUGUUGGGGCAUGAAGGUCAACAGCCAGAAGACUUUUUUUAAAAAGAAUGAUUUUUGCAGCAGUUGCUCUCUAUUAGCAUCUCUACACAAUCAACUUCUGAAGAAGGGAGGAGUUUGUUGCUCAGAGAGCUGUUCCUGGUUUUGUAUUGGUAACCUAUAUCCAUACUUGUCACAGAAAAAUAGCAAAGCCCAAAUGGGAUUCAUGUGAAACAAAGCAAAGGUAAUUUCCUCCCUUUUGGAUGGCUUUGAAUUAACAUCUUUUAAAUUACUAUUUGUAUAGCCCUUUUAAUAAGAAGUAAACUGUUUGCUGUUACUUACAGAAAAGCUACUCAAUGACUAAAUUAUUUUUUGAGUUUACCUGCUUUAUGUUGGCAAAAAAAAUAAAAGUUUUAUCAACAGUU